GGCUGUCGAAGGAGGCCGCGGAGAUUCCUCGAGUGCGCUCCGCUCCCCUUCCCUCCCCUCCCCUCCCGUCCCGUCGUCCCAUGAGCGCAGAGCAGGUAAACCCCGCUUGUCCUGCCCUUCCCUCCCCUCCUUUCUCCAACCCUAAAACCCCAUUGGCCUCAAUGUGGCAGAGUGCUGCGAUUUUAUGUUGUGCGCGAGAGAGCGCGAUCGUUGUUUCUCGGAGGAAUUUUAGCGGAUGCUCGUGUGGGCGAUCGUCAACCCUAAGGGAGUGAUGUAGGUUUGCUGCACUUUAGGUCGGAGGUUGUGGUGGUGUGGAAAGGAAGCAGAGGAGGACGGCGUAAUUUUUCUGCGUUUGCUCGACCGAUCGAUCGAUCUGGUGUUGAAUUCUGAUUGUGGCUAGUGGAGGAAUGGCGAUGGCGACGGGGAUUUUCGGAAGACGGUCCUUGCACCGUGCUGUGCAGGCAUCGUCGUGGCAGCUGUUGUUGAGGAGUAUGGGUACAGAGACUGCAGCUGCAGCGUCUUCUGAGCAGAUAGCUGGCAGGAAGUCGAAGAAAGAGGGCAAACGAUUCUAUGAGAAGGCGCAUGCGAGGCCUUCCGAGAAGGAUGGCUACGAGGUGCUACUGGAUCAUCGUGUUUUGAGGACUCCAGCAAAGAAGCCGCUGAAGCUGCCCAACCCAGCUCUGGCCCUUGCAGUGGCUGCCGAGUGGGAGUGGCAGGACAGCAGUGGAAUUCGCGCAUUCACAAUGCCCCUCGUUAGACUUACGUCGAUCACUCUUGAUCAAGUUCCAACCGACAGGGAGAAAAUCAUUGCCACAUUGUUGAAGUACUGUCACACUGACACUCUGUGCUGCAGAGCUGACGAGGGAAGCAAAUUAGCUGACAAACAGGUCAAGCUCUGGGAUCCUUUGCUAGACUGGGCAGAAAAGGAGGUAGGUGCCCGACCGGUUGUCUCCUCGAGUAUAUUUGGUACUAUUCAGCCCUAUCCCGUGAUCUUCGCCCUGGAUAAGACACUGAGGAGCAUGAGCGAUUGGGAACUUGCUGCUGUGGAUUCACUGGCUGGUGCUGCGAAAUCUCUAGUUGUCGCCCUAGCCAUAGCCCGCAACGAACUGAGCAUUGAGCGGGCUAUCGAUAUUAUUCGGGUUGAGGAGGAACAUCAGAUCGAAGACUGGGGUCACGUAGAAGGAGGUCACGACAUUGACAUCGCAGAUCUUCGGGUCCAAAUAACCGCUGCCUCAGUCUUCCUAAGACUUUUAAACCAUUAGAAAAAUCUGAGAGUCCGUGCGAGUCCCUGAACUUGACUUUGCUACUGUCCUUUCAAAUGGCUCUUGAUUCGGGAGGUAAAAGUACAUGGUUGUGCCCCGGUCAAAUCAGGGCUACGGGAACCAUAUUUCGUGAAAUCCCGGGGCUCGGAAUCAAAGUAGAACGAUAGACAUAUUCACGAAUUGUUAUAAGUCAAGCGCUCAGGUGGGAGCUUCGAUAGGCGUACGUCCAAAUACACGCCACAAGAGAACAGAUGCGGAAGUCAUUUAUUGAAAGUACUUGAAGUGCUGAUUUGUUUGUGGUGGAGACGGACUGGAAGUUAGUACGAGUGCAGCCUUAUAUACACUUUAGAACCGUUACUGCGAGCAGGAGCAGCGUCAGGAAAUCAGUAGUGUUUUUGAGAUCCCUAUAGAGGCUCGAAGUGUACAGUCCGACAAUUUUGUUCGUUAUAGGGCUCUUACUUGUUCUAUUGCUUCAAUCACAGAUCCAUAUUGAUUGGCAUCCAAUCCGUUUUACCCUAGCUGCCUAUUUGUCUAUCACAUUGAUUAUCCUGGUGAAGGUACAAGGAGUUUCACAGACAAGUUCGUAGGGGACGCUCAUGACUUUUCUUAUCGUUUGUGCUCGAUUUAGCGUUCUGUUAUGUGUACUAUCUCGACCGUAGUGCCUGAUGGACUUAAAAUUAGUCAGAGGUCGAGGGACUGGUGAACCCACUGUGCUGAAGUCGUAUACGGACCGCUAUGUACGGAGGAAGUCGGGUUAAGUAGCAAACUGACGUGGAGCAAACAGAGAUGUGUUCCACGAAUAGGUCACUCUGAUUUCGGAAAUAAUUGAAGUAGAUAUUUGGCUACUCUGAGGCGGCGAUGCCCAUGUAAACGAUUACAGAGUCGAAUAAAUCACGUGCGGCCACAGGCUCUCACUGUGGAACAUGAUCCAGAUCCUCUCAGAUGA